CAGAGAUCAUAUCCACCCGAGCAAUUUGACGUAGGGUCUGUGAUAACAAUUCGUUCGUAUAUCUAUUAUUGAAUUUAACAUAAUGGCAAGUGAUACUGAAGUAGUUCCUGCCGCAGAAGCUCCAGUGGCUGCAAAGUCAAAGAAAAGGACACCCACUAAACCUAAACCAAAAGCAAAACCAGCGACUGUUGCCACCAGCUCAGCCAAGAAGAAGAAACGCAAGGGAAAGGGCCCAGGGAAGUACAGCGUACUGGUGGUUGACGCGAUUAAACAACUGGGCGAGAGAAAUGGUUCGUCGUUGGCCAAGAUUUACAACAAAGCCAGGGAGGCGAUCUGGUUCGAUCAGCAGCAUGGACGAACCUAUCUGCGAUAUUCUAUUCGCGCGCUAGUUCUGAACGAUACCCUGAUCCAGGUAAAGGGUACGGGUGCGAACGGUUCUUUCAAACUAAACAAAAAGAAGUUUGAGACAAAGGCACCGAAAAAAGCACCAACGCCUGUUAAGGCUGUAAAAACAAAAGCACCAGCUAAGAAGGCAAAGGCAGCCAUCAAAACUAAGGCGAAACCGAAGGCUAGCCCGAAAAAGAAGUCGACACCCAAGAAGAAGCCGGCCGCCAAACCAAAAAAGCUGGCGGCCAAAAAGGCAACUCCGGUUAAGAGUAAGAAGCCAAAGCCGAAGAAGGCGAGCAAACCUGCCGCCAAGUCUCCAAGAAAGAAGUAGCAUACCCAACCCAACACCGGAAAAAAAAGACUUGAUUUAUUUUUGUACAUGUUGUGGUUUAAACGAUGAUUGGACUUUUUUAUUCGCAUCGAAGUGUGGCCCAAAUGUUAGGUUUGGCCAAAAAUUUCAUUUAUAUUAUUUUUGUACAUCUUCAGCAAAUGAUGGUAUGAUGUGUAAACAAUUGUGAAACAUUUACGAUGGGGCAUCGAUGAGUCAAACCGCCCAGUCCAGAUUUGAAUUGUGGGCAACGCCCCCAGUUGUCGGAAAUACACUAGUUAGUUGACGAGGCUUGCUGAAUUACUGUAACUAAAGUAAAAAAUAAAAGACGGCAUUAUCUGGAACUUAUGUUUCGUUUAAAUGUUUGUAUGUGUAAUGUAGGCAUGUAGCCUUUGUUGCCUCAAGCAGUUAAAUUCUCUGUAAAUAAAUUGCAAUCUAAAAUGA